GCGGCGGCGGCGGGGGGAGGCGGGCGCGGAGCAGGCGGCGGCGGCGGAGAAGAAGAAGAAGGAGGAGGAGGAGGAGGAGGCGGGGGCCCGGCGGGCGGCUCGGUGUGGAAUGCAAUUAUGGCUGGCACGGCGGAGGCGAGCGGCGACCGGAGCCGUGAGUAACCCCGGGCUGACCAGACUGGCCGUGCCCACGAUGCCCUGAAUGCCGAGCGCAGCAGAAGCAGAGGAGACUGUGUCCCAUUAGCUCCUCCUCCCUCCCUUUUCCCUUUAGUUUGGGUUUGUUUCUAUUUAUUUUGUGGCUGGGUUUGGGCAUGGCCUUGGCUGGAUGUGAGGCUGCUGCAAUGUGGCUCCUUUGGCUCAAGCACCAUUUGUCCAUCAACAUUUGGACCUUGCUGCUCUUGGGGAGCACCUGGCUACCGCUGGCGGAAGGCAGCCCCAAGUCUCCCUUUAGGACUUUCCCGGUUACAGACUGGAGCUUGACACACUUGGUGGUCCACAACAAAACCGGGGAGGUCUACGUGGGGGCUGUCAAUCGGAUCUACAAGCUCUCCAAUAACCUCACGCUCCUGCGGACUCAUGUGACGGGGCCCGUGGAGGACAAUGAGAAGUGUUACCCUCCGCCCAGUGUUCAGUCCUGCCCGCAUGGGCUGGUCACCACCAACAAUGUGAACAAACUGCUGCUGGUGGACUACUCGGGGAACCGGCUGAUUGCCUGUGGCAGUGCCUCCCAGGGUAUUUGCCAGUUCCUGCGGCUGGACGACCUCUUCAAGUUGGGUGAGCCCCACCACCGCAAGGAGCACUACCUCUCCAGCGUCAACGAGUCAGGCACCAUGUCUGGGGUCAUCAUCGAGGUGCUGAAUGGGCAGAACAAGCUCUUCAUUGGGACGCCCAUUGAUGGGAAGUCGGAGUACUUCCCCACGCUCUCCAGCCGCAAGCUGAUGGCCAACGAGGAGAAUGCGGAGAUGUUUGGCUUUGUCUACCAGGACGAGUUUGUUUCCUCCCAGCUCAAGAUCCCCUCGGAUACACUCUCCAAGUUCCCCACCUUCGACAUCUACUACAUCUACAGCUUCAGCAGCGAGCAGUUUGUUUACUACCUGACCCUGCAGCUGGACACCCAGCUCACCUCGCCUGACUCCACUGGGGAGCAGUUUUUCACCUCCAAGAUUGUCCGCCUCUGUGUGGAUGACCCCAAGUUCUACUCCUACGUGGAGUUCCCCAUCGGAUGUGUGCAGGACGGCAUUGAAUACCGCCUGAUCCAGGACGCCUACCUGACCAAGCCUGGCAAGGCUUUGGCCAAGUACCUGGGCAUCUCGGAGAGGGAGGAUAUCCUCUUCACCAUCUUCUCCCAGGGCCAGAAAAACAGGGUUAAGCCUCCCAAGGAGUCUGUGCUCUGCCUCUUCACGUUGAAGAAGAUCAAGGAUAAGAUCAAGGAGCGUAUCCAGUCGUGCUACAGAGGGGAAGGGAAACUCUCGCUGCCCUGGCUCUUGAAUAAGGAGCUGGGCUGCAUCAACUCGCCGCUGCAGAUCGACGACAAUUUCUGUGGCCAGGAUUUUAACCAGCCGCUGGGCGGGACCGUCACCAUCGAGGGGACCCCGCUCUUCGUGGAUAAGGAGGAUGGGAUGACCUCGGUGGCUGCCUACGACUACAGAGGACAAACGGUCGUCUUUGCGGGCACGCGGAGCGGGAAGAUCAAAAAGAUCCUGGUGGACUUGCCGGCCGAGAGGAAGCACCAAGCGCUGCAGUACGAGAACGUCGUGGCCCACGAGGGCAGCUCCAUCCUGCGAGACCUGGUGCUGAGUCCCGACCGCCAGCACAUCUACGCCAUGACCGAGAAACAGGUGACGCGGGUGCCGGUGGAGAGCUGUGAGCAGUAUGAGAGCUGCGAGCUGUGCCUGGGCUCCCGGGACCCCCACUGCGGCUGGUGCGUCCUCCACAACAUAUGCUCGCGCAAGGACCGAUGUGAGCGGGCAGACGAGCCCCAGCGCUUCGCCUCCGACCUGCGGCAGUGUGUCCAGCUCACCGUCCAGCCAAAGAACAUCUCGGUCACCAUGUCGGAGGUCCCGCUGGUCCUGGAGGCGUGGAACGUCCCAGACCUCUCAGCAGGAGUCAACUGUUCCUUUGAGGACUUCACCGAGUCCGAGAGCCGCAUUGAAGAUGGAAAGAUCUACUGCAGCUCUCCCUCUGCCAAGGAUGUCAUCCCCAUCACCAGGGGCCGCGGGGACAAGCGAGUGGUGAAGCUCUACCUGAAAUCUAAGGAGACGGGGAAGAAGUUUGCCUCCGUGGAUUUUGUCUUCUACAACUGCAGCGUCCAUCAGUCCUGCCUGUCCUGCGUGAACGGCUCCUUCCCCUGCCACUGGUGCAAGUACCGCCACAUCUGCACCCACAACGCCGCCGACUGCUCCUUCCUGGAGGGACGCGUCAAGCUCUCCGAGGACUGCCCCCAGAUCCUGCCCUCCACCCAGAUCUACAUCCCCGUGGGCGUGGUGAAACCCAUCACCCUGACGGCCAAGAACCUGCCCCAGCCGCAGUCCGGCCAGCGCAACUACGAGUGCAUCUUCCACAUCCCCGGCAGCACCACCCGCGUCACCGCCCUGCGCUUCAACAGCACCAGCAUCCAGUGCCAGAACACCUCGUAUUUCUAUGAAGGGAACGACAUCAGCGACCUGCCGGUCAACUUGUCCGUGGUGUGGAACGGGAACUUUGUCAUCGACAACCCCCAGAACAUCCAGGCCCACCUGUACAAGUGCUCAGCCCUGCGGGAGAGCUGCGGUCUGUGCCUCAAGGCCGACCCGCGCUUCGAGUGCGGCUGGUGCGUGCUGGAGAGGCGCUGCUCCCUGCGGCAGCACUGCCUGGCCUACGAGAGCAGCUGGAUGCACGCCAGCAGCGGCAACAGCCGCUGCACCGAGCCCAAGAUCACCAAGCUGUCCCCUGAGACUGGCCCCAGGCAAGGAGGGACCCGUCUGACCAUCACUGGAGAGAACCUGGGCCUCAAGUUUGAAGAUGUUCGCUGGGGCGUUCGAGUCGGCAGAGUGGUCUGCAACCCCAUCGAGAGCGAGUACAUCAGCGCUGAGCAGAUCGUGUGUGAAAUCGGAGAUGCCAGCCUGAGCAAGGUCCACGAGGCGCGGGUGGAAGUGUGCAUCCGCGACUGCUCGCCCAACUACCGAGCCACGUCCCCCAAGAGCUUCACCUUUGUGACGCCCACUUUCUCCCGCGUGGUCCCAGCCCGGGGCCCUCUCUCCGGCGGCACCUGGAUUGCCAUCGAAGGCAGCCACCUCAACGCUGGCAGCAACGUCUCCGUGACCAUCGGGGGACGGCCCUGCGCUUUCUCCUGGAGAAGCGCCCGCGAGAUCCGGUGCAGGACGCCCCCCGGGCACGCCCCUGGCGGCUCCCCCAUCCUCAUCAACAUCAACCGGGCAGAGCUGAGCAACCCGGAGGUGAAGUACAACUACACGGAGGACCCCACCAUCCAGAAGAUCGAUCCCGAGUGGAGCAUCAACAGCGGUGGGACGCUGCUGACCGUGACUGGCACCAACCUGGCCACCAUCAAAGAGCCCAGGAUCCGGGCGAAGUACUGCAGCUCUGAAAGGGAGAACAACUGCACCGUCUACAAUGACACCACCAUGGUGUGCUACGCGCCCUCCAUCGACAACCCUAUACAGAGCCCUCCGGAGGUCGGCGACCGUCCAGAUGAGAUCGGCUUCAUCAUGGAUAACGUCCAGGCCUUGCUGAUUGUCAACACCACCAACUUCGUCUACUACCCGGACCCUGUCUUUGAGCCGCUCAGCCCCACGGGGAUGCUGGAACUGAAGCCCAGCUCUCCCCUCAUCCUCAAGGGCCGGAACCUGCUCCCGCCGGCUGCUGGUAACUCCCGCCUCAACUACACGGUGCUGAUCGGAGACACUCCCUGCACCCUGACUGUCUCCGAGACCCAGCUCCUCUGCGAGUCCCCCAACCUCACCGGCCAGCACAAAGUCACGAUCAAGGCUGGAGGGUUCGAGUUCUCCCCGGGGACGCUGCAGAUCUACUCGGACAGCCUGCUCACCCUGCCCGCUAUCAUCGGCAUCGGCGGCGGGGGUGGUCUGCUCCUCCUCAUCAUCAUCAUCGUCCUCAUCGCCUACAAGCGCAAGUCCCGGGAUGCUGACCGGACCCUGAAACGCCUCCAGCUGCAGAUGGACAACCUGGAAUCCCGGGUGGCCUUGGAAUGCAAAGAGGCCUUCGCUGAGCUGCAGACUGACAUUAACGAGCUGACCAACGACCUGGACGGGGCUGGCAUCCCCUUUCUGGAUUACCGCACCUACGCCAUGCGGGUUCUCUUCCCAGGGAUCGAAGACCACCCCGUGCUGAAGGAGAUGGAGGUCCAGGCGAACGUGGAGAAGUCCUUGACCCUCUUUGGGCAGCUCCUGAACAAAAAGCACUUCUUGCUGACCUUCAUCCGCACUCUGGAGGCUCAGCGGAGCUUCUCCAUGCGGGACCGCGGCAACGUGGCCUCCCUCAUCAUGACGGCGCUGCAGGGCGAGAUGGAGUACGCCACGGGUGUGCUGAAGCAGCUCCUCUCCGACCUCAUAGAGAAGAACCUGGAGAGUAAGAACCACCCCAAGCUGCUCUUGCGGAGAACGGAGUCGGUGGCAGAGAAGAUGCUGACGAAUUGGUUCACGUUUCUGCUGUACAAGUUUCUGAAGGAGUGUGCCGGGGAACCGCUCUUCAUGCUCUACUGCGCCAUCAAGCAGCAGAUGGAGAAGGGACCCAUUGACGCCAUCACAGGAGAGGCUCGCUACUCCCUCAGUGAGGACAAGCUUAUCCGCCAGCAGAUUGACUACAAAAUGCUGACCCUCAACUGCGUGAACCCUGAGAACGAGAACGCCCCAGAGAUCCCCGUCAAGGUGCUGAACUGCGACACCAUCACGCAGGUGAAAGAGAAGCUGCUGGAUGCUGUCUACAAGGGGGUGCCCUAUUCCCAGCGACCCAAAGCCGGAGACAUGGAUCUGGAGUGGCGGCAGGGCAGGAUGGCCCGGAUCAUACUGCAGGACGAAGAUGUCACCACAAAGAUCGACAAUGACUGGAAGAGGCUAAACACCCUGGCCCACUACCAGGUGACGGACGGCUCCUCAGUAGCCCUGGUGCCCAAGCAGAACUCGGCGUACAACAUCUCCAACUCCUCCACCUUCACCAAGUCCCUCAGCAGAUACGAGAGCAUGCUGCGGACAGCCAGCAGCCCCGACAGCCUGCGCUCACGCACCCCCAUGAUCACCCCGGACCUGGAGAGCGGCACCAAGCUCUGGCACCUGGUGAAAAACCAUGACCACAUGGACCAGCGGGAGGGUGACCGGGGCAGCAAGAUGGUCUCCGAAAUCUACCUGACCCGCCUGCUAGCCACCAAGGGCACCCUGCAGAAGUUCGUGGAUGACCUGUUUGAGACCAUCUUCAGCACAGCACAUCGUGGGAGCGCGCUGCCCCUCGCCAUCAAAUACAUGUUUGAUUUCCUGGAUGAACAAGCUGAUAAGCAUCAGAUCAACGAUUACGAUGUCAGGCACACCUGGAAGAGUAACUGUCUACCUCUACGUUUUUGGGUGAAUGUGAUUAAGAACCCCCAGUUUGUGUUCGACAUUCACAAGAACAGUAUUACUGAUGCCUGCCUAUCCGUGGUGGCUCAGACAUUCAUGGACUCCUGCUCAACUUCUGAGCACAAGCUAGGAAAAGACUCUCCCUCCAACAAACUACUGUACGCCAAGGACAUCCCCAACUACAAGAGCUGGGUAGAAAGAUAUUAUGCAGAUAUAGCUAAAAUGCCAGCGAUCAGUGACCAGGACAUGAGCGCGUACCUGGCGGAGCAGUCACGGUUACACCUCAGCCAGUUCAACAGUAUGAGCGCGCUGCACGAGAUCUACUCCUACAUCACCAAGUACAAGGACGAGAUUUUAGCCGCGCUGGAGAAGGAUGAGCAGGCCCGGCGGCAGCGGCUGAGGAGUAAGCUGGAGCAGGCGAUCGACACAAUGGCCUUAAGCAGCUGAGAAGGCGGCGGCGCGGUGCCAGCAUCCCGGGCAGCGGAGGCGGCAGGAGGGAGGGGGCCGGCCAGCGGCAGGCGCGGGCAGAAGAAGACUUUGGGGCUGGGGCCGGAUGGACCCGCGGGAGCCACCACGCCUCCGCACGCUUCCCACGAACGAACAAGGAAACCUCGCGCUUUAGCAGAACAAAAAAAAAACCACAAAACAAAACAAACCAACAAAUCCCGACGACAGCAGCGACAUCGAUAAAACCCUCUCACACACACACACACACACACACACACACAUAUCCCACCCCCCGAUCCAAGCGGGAUGCAGCCGGGACCUUGCAGAGGGGCGAUGCCGGGCAGAGGAGAAGGGGGUCGCCUGCCCCAUGGACCCGCUGGGCAUCCCUCGCCCGGGCAGAGCCCCGGAGCCCCCAAGGAAGGAGGGUUGGGACCGCGGGGCUUUCUAGGACGGCGUUUGGAUGUUGUUGUUACUUUGGUGGAGGGAGGGUGGGUGGGCUCCUAUUUUUACUGUACUUGACUUGCUCUCCCCUCUUUCCCCCCAGCUGUCUGCCCCCUCUCCUCCUCCUCCUUCUCCUCCUCCUCCUCCUCCUCCCUUUUUCUGUCUCUUCCCCCCUUCUCUCUCUCUCUGGCCUUCUGCCACUAGUGUUAACUGCUAUAUUUGCACAAUUUACACAAGACAAAACAAAAUUUUUAAUUUAAAGAGAAAAAAAAAAUUAUAACAAAAAAUGGGAGGGGAAAAAAAAAAAAGAUUCUAAAUUUUUUUGCAACAAACUAACAAAAAUGGUUUUAAAAAAUAAGCUAAAGGACUGAUGCUGGGGAGAUUUGGGGGUGGGGGCAGUAGGGGUGGGCAAGAAAGGGAGAAAUCCCUGAGCUUUGAUAUUUCUAAAAUACGUCCUGUGCCAUGUUUUAUUUGAAUGUUGUUUAGUGCGGAAAAAAAAAAAAUAUUGAAAAAAAAAAAAAAAAAAAAGGUGGGAGUUUUGUUAGGUGGGUAGGUGAUCUUAUUUAAAUGCUGCUGGAGCGGUUCUGGAGGUCGCGGUCAGAGAGGAGGGGAGAUCCCAAGGUUGGUUGUUCUUUCCCCGGCGGAUCGCUGAGGGAUGGUCGGUGUUUUGUUGAGCUCGUCCUGGUUUUCCCGGUCCGGUGGCUGCCGGGGGGGUGUGGGCAGCGCUGCCCGUCCCGGGACGAUGCGGGGCAGAAGAGAGGUGCGGGGGCUUGGGGGCUGUGGGGAGGGUUCGUGGAGAGCCAGCCUGGGGGGUUUUUGGCAGAUCCCCUGGUGCUGGAGCAGCCUUAAUGAAGUCCUCUUUAUUUUUAUUUUUUUUUUUCCCCCCCCAUCAUCUUUUUGUGCUGAUGCGGGGGAAGGGACCAGAUCCCUGGGGAAAGGGGGGGCACCUCCACCGCUUCUCCUGACUGGGAUACCCCCGGCAAACCCCGCUGGGUGACCGGCUCGUGGAGGGACUGGGAUGCUCGACCGCCAUGGGGCUGUUGCCUGCUCCUCCACACUGCAAGCCCAAACGUGUGCAGGAUUUUCCACCCAAGAUUGACCUUUCUCUCUCUGUCUUUUCCUUCUUUCUCUCCCUUUCUCUCCUUGCUCUCACCCCGUCUCCCCUCCGCCGCCUCCGUCCUGCCGGGGGGUUCGCUGGAAGAAACCUGAGGUCUCUCCCUCGCCUGACCCCUUCGAAAUGUCAGAUCCUCGCGGGUUUAUGCUUUCCAGAGAUGAAAAGGUGCCGAAUGCUGCGUGAGUGGCAGCAGGUGACCAAAAACUUCCAAAAAAACGAGCAAACCCCUUUCCUUUUCCGUAGCGAGAGCUCCCGUCGCUGCCCGGGCCGUGGCAGACGGGGCCAAACUCUGCCAGGAGCGGGUGGCUGUCGAAAUCCAAGUGGAAAGAAGCCCAGCUGAUUUCUGUCCGUUCCCUUAAACCACAAUUUAAGGGGGGGGAGAGGGAGAAAUAAUGAAGUUUUUAAUUAAAAAAAAAAUAAUAAUAAAAGUGUGUAUAUAUAUAUGUGGUUACAAUCUAAUUCUCGUGCCCCAGUGGGGUGCUGUGUAGUUAACUGAAGGAGAAUUGAACCAAUAUAAAUAUGAAAUGAAUUUACACAGCCGGUUAAAACAAAACAAACAACAACUACAAAAAAAAAAAUAAGGAUACCAAAUGGUCUGGAAGAAAUUUCCAAGCCUUUCUCACCAUGCAGAACAAUCGUUUGAAAGUCUGCACCAUCUCUCGUUACGUUGUAAUUUUGUUUGGGUUUGUUUUGUUUUAAUAAGGAGGGAAAGGUGAAGAUGCUGAUUAAAAAAAAAAAAAAAAAAAAAAAAAACCAACCCAACAAAAAAAAACCCCCAACAGCAACAAAAAACCCAACCACAACAGCAAAACCGUGUUUGAAAAAGAAGUAAUAAUUGUUUCCCAAACCUACGGACCCCGAGCUGUCGCUGGAUUUCUGAGAGCUGUGGGCUGUUGCAUGACUGUGCUAGAUUUUAGUCUGAGUUGAUCUUUUUAAGAAACGGAAGAAAAAAAAAAAACAAAAAAAACCAUAAAACAAAAAAACUGCAAGUGUUGAAUAUUAGAGGUUUGUUUAGACCUGUUACCUUUUUUUUUUUUAAUUUUAUUUGAAAUUAAUUUGUCACUUUCUCGUCCAAAAGAAAAAAAAAAAAAAAGGAAAACAAAAACAAAGCAAAAAGAAAGACUUCAGAGGUUCACAUCUCCAAUGUGGUACUCGGAGAGCCUUAAAGGACAGCUGUGUGCCCGCCCGCCCCGCGCCGGGGCCACCGCCGGCUGCCAGCAUCUCCCUGGGCACUCCGGUGGGACAAAAUCCUCCCGGGGGGUCCUUUGCUGCCACCGCGAUGGGGAGGAGGGGUGCCCGCAGCUCCCUUUGGUACAAGGUUGGCCCAAAGCUUCUUCCUCCCGUGGCGGGCGGCGGGGCGGCGUUGGCGGAGGUCCUGGAAAUCGCCCGGAGGACAGCGGAUGUGUGUUGGUGGUCGUUGCGAUCGGGUGGGAGUGGUGGCCUUGAAGUCUCUAUCCAGAAGUGGCGUGGGGCCUGCCUGUUGCAGUGGUAAGAGUGUUUUGGGGAGCUUCGGUGGCUGCUGAAGGAGCCAAGCGCGUAGUUUUUUGGUGAUUGAGAGGGGAUGGUGGGACCCUCCCUGUUGACGGUUGGACAGGAUGGAGAUGCGUUUCUAAGAGCAUCCCCCUGAAAAUUUCCUCGGUGGCGAAUGGGGGCUGGAAGCACCGUUAAGAGCAGAGGGUUUAUUAGCCUGUCGCUUUCCUGUGGGUGUUUUUUGGCUGUGGUGGGCCUGGGUUGGAUUUGGGCGGCGGGGAGGUCUCUGGGGGUGUUGUGCCGGGCGGUGCCGUGGCGUGGCUGCGCUCCCUGGGCUCCCCUCGCUGAGUCCCCCUUGUGCUAUGGCCUGGCUCUUCCCACCCCGUGACGAUGCUGAGAGCCCGUGGUGUGGUCCCGGGGACGGGUUCCCGUUGGCUUCCUCCUGGUGAGCUUUGGGGUGUCUGUGGUUUGCUCCACCAAAGGAUCCUCCCGGCAUCUCCCCACCCCUCCUUGCUGCCUCCGACGGGGAGGGUGGCCGUCGGCAGGGUGGGCACUGCAAUGCUGCCCGCAGCCUCCGGCGCUUCUUGGUGCUACCUUUGCCUUUCGCGUGAUGCCCAGCGUCCUUAACUGUGCCAGGCACCUGUCCUCCCUCCCUCGCCCCAGCCUGGCGGGGGGCAGAGCCGGGCUGGCCGUCCCUGCUUAGGAACGGGGAAGGAUGGAGGGGGAGAGGCUGGGAAGCAUUCGCCGGACUCCUCUUACUGGUGGUGUCACCUGUGCCCCAAAAUGGGAUGAGACGGAGAAGCGUUCCCUGCCCUGAGCCUGCGUUUGGGGGAGCUCUGCCCCCCCCCCCCCACUGUCGGAGGCAGCGGGACCCCCAGGCUGCUCCCCCACCGCUGCGGCGAGCGGGUCCCUCCCUGCCCUCCUCUGCUCACAUUGCCUUUUCUCUUCAGUUUGGGUUUCAAAAAAUAACCACGCAGUCCAGCCUGGAAGUGUCCCCUGUGCCUGGCCCUGCUGUCCCCCCUUCCGGCAGGAGCCCCAUGCCACCCCACGGGUGGCCCCAGCCUGGGGACGGGCAGCAGGGGGGCAGGGGGAGCGGGGUCCCCCCAGGCUCACCCGGUCCCGACCAAAGUGCACAACGAGCUGUCCUUUAAGAACGCAGGGGGAAACCUAACGCGGACCCGGCGAAAGGCAAGAGCAUUUUAAUAGUUUUAAAAAAUUAAAUGGGGAAAAAAAGCAAACAGAAAUCCGGAGUCCUGAUUACCUUUCUGUGAUUGUUUCAGACUUGAAGCAACAGGCCAGCGCGGCUGGUCGAAACCCCUUUGAUCGUGUAAAUAUCCUGCUAUUUCCUAUUUUAAUGUUCUUCAGAUUUAGUACUUGUAAAUAAACACACGCAUCAAGGAGAGAUUAAACA